AUGUUUAAUAUCUACCGGUAUGUGCUUUCAAUCAGUAAAGGUCAGCUUGAAGCAGUCAUAUUUGCUGGGAUUGUCACAAACCAUGGAUUCCUAAAGCUAUUUCCAGAGCUGACAUUGGCAGACAAACUAGAACAUGCAGGCCUAGUUAUUAUUCCAACAGACAAACAUUUCAUUACACCCAGCCAUACUUCAGAGGUUUUUAAGGCUCUUGUUGGGCGAAAGAGGAUGAUUAUUAGUAACCGAUGGGUGACAGAUUCAGUUAUGAUGGGAAACCUUCAGGACAAGACAAAGUAUGUAGUCAAGGGUACCGACAAAUUUGGUAGAUGGGGCAAGACAGAGAACUACUCUGACUUUGAGUACCAAAUUGGAAAUGGGCGGUUUGUUGAUAUAACUGUAGAUGGUAUCAGACAUAUGUUGAAUGCCAUGGUGGGAGAGAGCAGCUUCAUAGAACACCAGAUACCGUAUAUAUAUGUGCAGAUGAUGAGCUCCUUACAUCAGGAAGCCUCUGUGCCCUCGGAUCACUGUGUCUCUAAGGAAUGGAUUUUUCAGUGCAUAACUGAUGGAGUUGUGUUAUCAACUGGCCAUUUCCUUAAAACGAACUCGACAGUGGAUAGUAAUUACAUUAGUGAAAGUGAUGCAGCAUCAUCUGUUGUAAGUUUUAAGGGCCUGAAAGAGGUUUCCAAUAUUACUGUUCAAACUACAAGAUCUAAAUCUGGACAAAAAGUGAUUAAAAUGCUAUGCUGUGUUUACUGUGAGACACUUACACCAAAACUUGCCAGGCAUUGCGAAACUUUCCAUUCAACUGAACUGGAAGUAGCCCGAGCUUUAAGCCUUCCAAAAAAGUCAGCAGAAAGAAGAAGGGCAUGGGCAAAGUUGGCUGCCAAAGGAAGUUAUGUUCAUAACUCAGAAGUAAAAAUUAAAGGUUCUGGGGUGUUGAUACCAAAGUACAGACCACGAAAAACCAAGAAAAGUAGAGAAUAUUUGUCAUGUGAGUUCUGCAAGGCAGAGAUUGUUUCGACAGUUAUGUGGAAACACCACAAAGCCUGCCCAUCAAAGGAAUCAUAUGAAAAAAGUGAUGCUCCAGUGAAGAAUUCAAGACUUUUACUUCCCAUUGAUAGACAGUGCUCAGAAGAAUUCAGGAAAAAUGUUCUAAACAAAAUGAAGAAUGACAUCAUCACAGUAAAGGUAAAAACGGAUCCCCUAAUUAUUCAGUUUGGUGAGCGAAAAUAUGAGAGAACUGGGAAACAUGCUCAUACACACCAGUAUAUAUCUCAGAAACUAAGGGUCUUGGGGCGCCUUGUGUUAUCUGUCACAGAGAUGGAUUCUCAUAUUACAAAACUAUCACAAUGUUUAUCUGCACAAAAAUGGGAACUGCUUCUCGAUGGAAUAAAGCAUGUUGCCAAUUAUGACAAACUGUCACAAACAUUCAGUAAGCCAUCCCUUGCUCAAAAACUUGGUCAUUAUCUGAAAAAAUGUGCAAAGAUCGUGAAAAAUAAUGCCCGAAAACUUGGAGAAAAUGAAACUGCUGAAGUAAUCAAUGACUUUCUUGAGGUUUACGAUGAUGAGUGGACAGACAGAAUAGGCAGCCAGGCUUUUGCAUCACAGGCAGAUGCAAAUUACAACAAAGUCCAACGUUUACCAUUGGUUCAAGACGUUCAAAAACUUAACAUAUUCAUAAAGAAACAAAUCCAGCAGACCAUUGAGGCAUCAGAACCGGAUGACAUAAAACUUACAAAAUUAUCCAAACUUUGCCUUGCAGAUAUAAUACUGUUCAAUCGGAAAAGAUCUGGAGAGGCACAAAGACUGACUAGUGAUGCAUACACAAAAGCAACUUCAGCUGAUACUCCGGUAGAUGAAGAUGUGAAAGGUUGUCUUACCAAAUUUGAACAAAGUCUUUGUGAAAACCACAUGAGGAUAGAAACACGUGGAAAAAAGGGUCGGAAGGUCGCUGUUCUUCUGACCAAUGACAUGAAGGAAAAUAUUGACUACAUGUUGUCACUGAAAAACGAAAACACAGAGUUUAUUUUCCAGUCACCAAACACAAGAUUUCCAAUGCGCGGAACAGCUGCACUCAGAAAAGUGGCCCUAGAAGCAGGCUUAAACAAUCCGUCUUCAAUUACUUCUACCUCAUUAAGAAAACAGCUCGCAACAUUGUCACAGUUGUUAAACCUAGGUCACAAUGAUCAAGAUGUCUUAGCUAAAUUCAUGGGCCAUGACAUAAAUGUGCACAGAGAAUACUACCGUCUUCCUCAAAGUACUCUUGAAAUCGCAAAGGUUUCAAAAGUAUUACAUGCAAUCAACUCUGGCACCAUAGGACGUCUACAGGGCAAAGACCUUGAUGAGAUCGAUACCAUGGAACCAUUAGAAGCAGAACAACCCAGUAGUGAUGAUGAUGAUGAUGAUGAUAAUGUUGAUCAUGAGGAGGAGGAUGAUAAUCAUCAUGUUGAAGGUUCCUUGACUGUAUGCGGAUCCAUCUCAAGCAGCACUGACAGCGAUGAUGACUUCAUUAUUAAAAAAAAAAAAACUUUUGGCAAAAAAAGAACUGCUGCAGUCAGAACACCUUGGAGCCAGCCAGAAAAAGCAGUUGUAGAAAAUGGACUUAAAAGUGCUUUAAGCUUAAUAUUCUACCAAAAAAACUAGAAUGUCUUGAACUAAUAAAGAAGAAUCCAAUUCUUGCCAGUCGAUCAUGGACAAUGGUGAAAGGGUACGUUAGAACUCGGCAACUGGCCCUGCAAAAGGCUCAUCAAAAAGCCAACAAAUAAAAAAAGGGACACUUUAAAGAUGCAUUCUUACUCCCAAAUAAGAUUUAAAAUGAUUAAUAAUAUUGUUUUAAUAUUCCAAAAAAGAUGAAUAAAUGUUGAAAACAAUGCUUCUUAUGAAGGAUAGCGAGUUUAAUUUGUAAGAAUGAGCAUAAAAUACGGUAUUUCUACCUUUGGAGCUUAAGUAGACCACAGUAAAUCUUUUAGCAUUCACCAAUCAUUUAAUAUUUUUGCGCUUUUUGCUAUUAAAUAUAUGGUUACAAUCUUGUUAUUAUACCCCCACAAACGAAGUUUGAGGGGGUAUAUAGGAGUGAGCUUGUCGGUCGGUCAGUCGGUCUGUCUGUCGGUCGGUCUGUCGGUUUCCAUGGUUUCUGGACGAUCCCUCAUGAAAGGCUAGACAGAUUUGGAAAAAUAUUUGGUACACAGGUGUAACAUCAGAAUAUACAGGUGAAGUUCGAAAAUGGGGCUGGUGGGGCCAAGGUCAAGGUCACUGUUACUAAAAAAAGAAAAACGGUUUCCGGAUGAUAACUCAUGAAAGGCUAGACGGAUUUGAACAAUUUUUGGUACACAGGUGUAACAUCAGAAGAUACAGAUCAAGUUAGUGAGCUUGUCGGUCGGUCUGUCGGUCGGUCGGUUUUCAUGGUUUCCGGACGAUAACUCAUGAAAGGCUAGACAGAUUUAAAAAAAAUUUGGUACACAGGUGUAACAUCAGAAGAUACAGGUCAAGUUCGAUAUUGGGGCUGGUGGGGCCAAGGUCACUGUUACUAAAAAUAGAAAAAUGGUUUCCGGACGAUAAAUCAUCAAAGGCUUGACAGAUUUGAACAUUUUUUGGUACACAGGUGUAACAUCAGAAGAUACAGGUCAAGUUCGAUAUUGGGGCUGGUGGGGCCAAGGUCAAGGUCACUGUUACUAAAAAUAGAAAAAUGGUUUAUGCUUCAUAACUUUAAUUGGGCAUGAGAUAUUGUGAUGAAACUUGCUGUAUAGGCAGCCUCUGUGAAGACAAUGCUUGUGGUUGAAAAUGGGGCCAGUGGAGUAAAGGUUUUUGUGCACUGUUACGAAAAUAGAAAAACGGUUUCCGGACAAACAAUACAUGCAUGAUAAAAGAAGAUGCAGUGUGCAGUAACCUUGGAGUUAUGGCCUCUUUUCAAAGGAAUUGAUUGUCAUUCCUGUUUCCAGGCGGCAUUUGGGAGUAUUCGUCACUCCUGUGACAGCUCUAGUCAGUAAUUAAUAUAUUUCAUAAAUGCAUUAUUUAGUAAAUAGUUAAAGAUUUAUCAGUCAAAAUGUAUGUUUGUUAUACAUGUGUAUGCAUUGAAAGUGUCACUUUAAAUAAUAGAAUACCGGUAGACUAGAUUUUAGCUUUAUAGCUGAAUACUGUCAGUGAUUGACAUGUUCUUUGGAUAUUGUUCUAUUUUGUGUGUAGUUCAACAAUUAAGAAUUGGAGUUUGAAUAUGUAUAAUUUGUGUUGCCUUGUGGAAGCCACAAUAAGUCCAUUUAUGCACCUUUUUUGAUAUUGCCCUUUCUUAAAUUGUCAUAGCUAAAGCUGCACUCUCACAGAUGUACCAUUUUUACAACUUUUUUAUUUUUUGUCUUGAAAAGAGCAAAUGUUUGCGUUAAUAUCUGCAAACC